CCGCUCCGCAUACCACCACGCUCGCUGUACCGUUGAGGAGCAACUCCGUCUAUUUCUUUUCCCGUUCAUUCACCCCCUGCGCGCGCGCUCUCUCUCUUUCCUUCCUGCGAUCGACGACCCUAGAGGCCGCCGCCCCUACGCCAGGUGCCCAGGCUUCUUCGCCGGACCCCUUCGCCAUGUCUUCGCCGGACCCUUCGCCGUCGACGAGCACCCAACAGCCGAAGCAAUUGGAGGGUGUGACAGUUCUUCUGAAAGAGGCAAGCAGGUUCUACCGCAGAGCAUAUAACGAACUGUUCUCGGGUGGAACUACUGAGCAGGAGCCUGAAUCAUCGACUAGUACUCCUGAGUAUAUGCUUUUUGGGUGGCAUCUCUUCUUAAUGCUUCGUUCGAGAUCACCGGAAUUGUUCAAGGACCUGGUGUCCUGCAUCCAUGGAUUAGUUGCUGUAUUGGCCAUACUUUUGAUCCACGUACCAGCUAAAUUUAGGAGAUUCAUGAUUGAUGGCUCUUCUCACUUAAUCAAACAAAAUGAGAAAGGCAUGGAUCUUAUUGCUUCGUUAUGCCAUAAUUAUCAUGCCUCUGAAGAAUGUGUGAAAGAAAUGAUGGACAAGUCUCAUAAGGCAAUAGAAGACAUUUUCGGCACGAAAGCACUAAGUGCAUCAGAGGGCAAAACAGAAAAUUUGGAUAAGAUAGACACAGAUGGCCUGAUGUAUUUCAAAGGUCUCAUUGAUACUGAGUGUUUCCAGUCAAAUCUGGAAAAAAUGGAGAAACUAUGCAAUCCAAAUAGCUGUGAAGGGGAGCUUGAUUAUAAAUCAAUUUUGAUCAAUAAUGAUUAUAUCCCCUGUGCUGAGAACUCGCCUGGGGAUUCCACCAAUUUAGGACAUUCAAAGCGUGUCUUUGAAAUAUUGGCAUCUCCCACAAAGACAAUAAAGAACAUGCUGACUGUUCCUAGUUCCCCUUUGUCACCUGCCACUGGUGGUUCAGUCAAGAUUCUGCAAAUGACACCAGUAACUUCUGCCAUGACGACAGCUAAGUGGCUUCGUGAGGUGAUAUCUUCAUUGCCAGAGAAGCCUUCAUCUAAGCUUCAGCAGUUGCUGUCAUCAUGUGAUAGGGAUUUGACAAAUGCUGUCACAGAAAGGGUAAGCAUAGUUUUGGAAGCAAUUUUUCCAACCAAGUCUUCUGCUGAUCGGGGUGGCUCAUUAGGCAUCAGUUGUGCAAAUGCCUUUGAUAUUCCAUGGGCAGAAGCAAGAAAAAUGGAGGCUUCCAAGUUGUACUAUAGGGUAUUAGAGGCAAUUUGCAGAGCUGAGUUACAAAACAACAAUGUAAAUAAUCUAACUCCAUUGCUGUCAAAUGAGCGUUUUCACCGAUGUUUGAUUGCAUGUUCAGCGGAGCUAGUAUUGGCGACACAUAAGCCAGUCUUCAUGAUGUUUCCUGCUGUUCUUGACAGUACAGGGCUAACUGCAUUUGAUUUGAGCAAAAUAAUUGAGAACUUUGUAAGACAUGAAGAGACCCUCCCAAGACAAUUGAAAAGGCACCUAAAUUCCUUAGAACAACAACUUUUGGAAAGUAUGGUAUGGGAGAAAGGUUCUUCAUUGUAUAACUCACUGAUUGUUGCUAGGCCAUCUGUUACUUCAGAAAUAAAGCGCCUUGGUCUUUUGGCUGAACCAAUGCCAUCUCUUGAUGACUUAGUGGCAAGGCAGAAUAUUCAUGUUGAGGGCUUGCCUGCUACACCAUCUAAAAAACGUGCUGCUGGUCCAGAUGACAACGCUGAUCCUCGAUCACCAAAGAGAUCGUGCAAUGAAUCUAGGAACACAGUGGUAGAGCACAAUUUGCAGACACCUCCACCCAAGCAAAGUCACAUGGUGUCGACUAGUUUGAAAGCAAAAUGCCAUCCACUCCAGUCCACAUUUGAAAGUCCAACUGUCAGUAAUCCUGUUGGUGGGAAUGAAAAAUGUGCUGAUGUGACGAUUAAGAUAUUCUUUUCCAAAAUUCUGAAGUUGGCUGCUGUUAGAAUAAGAAACUUGUGCGAAAGACUUCAACAUGUGGAACUGACAGAGCGUGUCUAUAAUGUCUUCAAUCAGAUUCUUGAUCAACAGACAACAUUAUUUUUUAAUAGGCACAUCGAUCAACUUAUCCUUUGCUGUCUUUAUGGUGUUGCAAAGGUUUGUAAAUUAGAACCCUCAUUCAAGGAGUUACUCAACAAUUACAGAAAGGAAGCACAAUGCAAACCAGAAGUUUUUUCAAAUGUCUAUAUUGGGAGUAGGAAUCGUAAUGAUGUAUUAGUAUCACGCCAUGUUGAUAUUAUUACUUUUUACAACGAGGUGUUUGUUCCAGCAGCCAAGUCUUUCUUGGUGUCACUAAUAUCAUCCGGUACUCGUCCAGAAGACAAGAAGAAUGCUAGUGGCCAAAUUCCUGGAUCACCCAAGCCAUCUCCUCUCCCAAAUUUACCAGAUCUGUCCCCGAAGAAAGUUUCAGCAUCUCAUAAUGUAUAUGUGUCUCCUUUGCAGCAAGCCAAGGUUUUUUUCUUUCUCAUUCUUCGCUUUACUUUCUACAGAACACUAAUGUGUCAACAACAGCAUCAAUGACAAAGCCGUUGAGUCCCUGUUAGAAUGUCUGUUUUUUCAUAAUUGGGCUUACCCUAACCAGGGUGGCCAUAUAGUUAGGGAUACAUGGGCCUCAUGGGCCUAGCCUCAUGGGCCUAAUACUCAUAUACUCUAACAUCCCCCCGCAGUCUGAACUACCGUCGCAGCGGAGUUCGCAGACUGGACACGAAAGAAAAGAGGUACAACACACGAGCCCCCCCACAGACACAACUAGCCACUGGUGAUGUUGAGGCUGGAGCGGAACUCGGUGAAGGUUGAGGACGGGAGACCCUUGGUGAAGAUGUCGGCGAACUG